AUGUGGGCAGACUUACUUUUAAUUCUGUUUGGUGGUCUGUCAGCCCAAGCUGCAAUGCAAACGAUUCAAGGAUACAUUUAUCAUGAAGGACUUGAUGAUUUUAGAGGCCUUCCCAAAGUGGUGAGGUUAUCACAUACGUAUAUGCAUAUGAUAUUACAUAGCCAGCUUUAUAUGGUCUAAAAUUUGCUUAUAACGCAAAAUUACUUUCCAGAAAGUAGAGUUGAUUGAUUGGGGCUUCUUCAAAAACAAGUUUUGUGGCUCUACAAUCGCCGACUCGACUGGCUUCUUCAAGAUUUCUUGUAAUCCCGCACCUUGGCGGAUUGAUAAUGGACAGAGACUAAAAAUGUAAGAAUGAGCUGUGCAUCUCAACAGAAGACUCUCUAGUUAUCACCGUUUCGAUCGGGGCAAUUGCCGAGUGAAUGUGUAUCGUGGAAGAGGAGAGUGGGGCCGAGUGACUAGCGGAAAUUUCAGCGCCACUUAUGAUGAUGAAGAGGAAAGUGACAAUAGUUUGUGUCCUGCUGACUUGUAUCCAGUUUAA